AUGCCGGAAGAUCUGGCUUUUUGUACACUUGUUAAAAUUAUGUUCGAUUAUGGCUUACGUGAUUUGUUCAAACUUGGCUUGGACGUUUUGCACUUGCGAUUUUAUCAGCUUCAACGAUUGACCGAGGGGAUGAACACGAUUUUCCACAUCUCGUUGGCGCUCCUCAAAGCCUCCAAGAAGGAGCUAUUGCAGUUGGAUUUUGAGGGUGCUUUGAAGUAUUUUCGUGUAGCGCUACCACGACGAUAUCGUACGGAAGCAAACGCCAAAGAGCUCAUCCAUCAAGCUGUAAAGUUAAAAAUAAGUCACAAGCGACUAUCGAAGUACGAAAAGGAAUUUUAUUCACUGAAAGAGCGAGAGUUGGAAUCACAGGAUCCACAAGAACGUCUCGAGGCCGAAGACAGUGUGGAAAGUUUGCAAGGACAACUUGAAAGAUGUAUGAGGACAGCCAAAGAUCUUGAAGAUGAAAAUAACGGAUUGCGUGCCGAAUACGAUCAGGUGAAGGAGAUGUGCCGGAGAGAAGUACAGCGACUAGAAUCAGAGGCGAUGAGGUCACAGAGUAUCAUCCUCAAUUAUAAGCAGAUAUGCUCCGAUCUCAGUUAUCGGCUCGAUAAGCAGCAAGAGAACUACCAAACGCAGAAGAAACGCAUCUCAGUGGGAAGAAGGGCCUUGCUAAAUCUUUCGGAAUUUCAGCAGUAUUCGCCGGUGAAAGAGGAAAAUGGCUGUGGCCUUCGUGUGGUCGAGCUAAUGGACAAGCUGGAAGAAAGUGAACAGCGUGUUCGACAGCUUGAACUCAGUCUUGCACAGACGAAACUUGAACUUGUAGAAGCGCAGUGCAGAAAUCAGGAUCUUAGCCAUCAGGUGAAUUCUUGA